GGAGAAGCUGGCUCUGGAUAGCAGUGAGUCGGAGGGGACCUCAGGCAGCAGGCAGCUGGGGCCAUGGCCUCCGACCUGGACUUCUCCCCUCCCGAGGUGCCCGAGCCCACGUUCCUGGAGAACCUGCUGCGGUACGGACUCUUCCUGGGGGCCAUCUUCCAGCUCAUCUGCGUGCUGGCAAGAAAAAAUUAA